CGCACAACAUGGCUUGACUGUGACACCUCCGCAGGAUGCUCGGCUUUCUGUUCUUGAACCCUUCUCCCUUUGAGCCCUCGUGCAUCAUCGCCCUCUUCUUGCGGACUCCGCUGAAAUGCGCCGUCUACUUUCUCUAUCGCUUUCUCACAGCUCUCCGCAGCCCUCCAAGCCCCUACACUCAUCCCGUACGUGUCGUCUGCCUCUCCGACACGCACACCCUCACGCAGCCUAUCCCUGACGGGGACGUCCUCGUCCACGCUGGAGACCUCGCAAAUGCCGGAGAUUUAUCUGAGCUCCAGGCUCAGAUCGACUGGCUAAACUCCCUGCCGCAUCCUCACAAGGUCGUGAUAGCUGGCAAUCACGACACUUACCUUGACCCACGCUCGAGGCGCACUCUUUCGGACGAGCAACGCCACCGCGAGCUGCGGUGGGGCAACAUUCAUUACUUGCAACACAGCUCCGUCAUCCUGAGAAUUCCCAAUCCCGUGGGGCCUUCAAAAUACCGCUCUCUCAAGGUGCAUGGUGCACCGCAGAUUCCACAAUGCGGCGGACCCGAAUUUGCAUUUCAAUACCCGCGUGGUCGGGAUGCAUGGACCGAGACGAUCCCGAAAGACGUCGAUGUUCUUGUCACUCACACGCCUCCUAGAUACCAUCUGGAUCUGCCUUUGCCCACUGGUCUGGGCGAUGAGUAUCUUAUGCGAGAGGUAUGGCGCGUUCGGCCUCAGCUUCAUGUAUUCGGUCACGUGCAUGUUGCUGCCGGCAGAGAGGUAAACUGGUGGGACGACGGUCAAGCAGCAUAUGAAAGAGCGCUCUCGAGGCCAGUUGGGUGUUUAACAAGAGGAUUGCUAGACAUCGCAAUGUGGAUUGACUUGGCUAUGGUGUUGUUUUGGGGUGUGCGGAAUGUAAUCUGGGACAGAGUUUGGGGUGGCGAAGGAAGAAGUACUAUCUUGGUGAACGCUGGACUGAUGAGGGGGAACUCUGGACGACUUGGAAACAAGGUCCAGGUAGUUGAGAUCUGAGUUAGUGAGUAAGCUGGGUGGUCUUUCCCUUCUUCAGCCAUCCAUCAUACCUAUCAUCGAGAAAGGAGCCAAUUUGCGGAUUUCCUUAUCACAGAUCAGUCGCUUGACCAAGUCUCAAUUAGUUAAAGGCGAGGACUCAAUGCCGCUGCACCAAUGUUAAUGUAGUCGUCCACAUACUGAGCUCAGUGGACUGUAGUCACUGCGCAACCCUCU